GUAGAAAAGAGAAAACAUGCGGCAACCUUUUCACACACAAUGACUUUCCAAAUUCUUUUCUUCUUUCUCUCAUUUAUCCCGUCCCUUGCCCUCAACAGCGAUGGCGUUCUCUUAAUGCAUUUCAAGUCCAGUGUUCUCCGAGAUCCUCUGGCGGUAUUGGGUAACUGGAACGCCGGCGAUGAAACGCCGUGUUCUUGGCGAGGCGUUUCUUGUGAGGUUCCGGCUAAUGCUUCCGACGGAGCUCCCCGGACCACCCGCCUGAGCCUCCCCAAUUCGAUGCUUCUUGCCCCUGUCGCUUCCAGUCUUGGUAUGAUUCAGUACCUUAGAUUUCUUGACCUCUCUAACAAUUCAAUCAAUGGGUCGAUUCCUUUGACUCUGUUUGAUGCUUCAGAGCUUGAAAGUCUUGAUUUUUCUAACAACCGGAUCUCCGGCGAGCUGCCGGAGAGCAUUGGACGCCUCAAGAACCUCCGGUCUCUCAAUCUCUCCGGUAACGCCUUAGGAGGGGUUAUUCCGGUAACUUUAACCAGUCUGUACAACCUGACGGCAGUUUACUUGAGAGACAAUUACUUCUCCGGGCCACUUCCCGGCGGUAUUUACUCAGUUCAAGAAUUAGAUUUGUCGUCGAAUUUGAUAAAUGGAUCUCUUCCUCCCAACUUCGGAGGAACCAACCUGCGUUACCUCAACGCUUCCUUCAACCGUCUAUCCGGAAGAAUCCCACCGGAGUUCGCAACCGGGAUUCCAUCGGAGGCAAUUCUCGAUCUCUCGUUCAACAAUUUAACAGGAGAAAUUCCGGAUUCUAGUGUUUUCUUGAACCAAGACUCGAAAGCAUUCUCCGGGAACCCUGAACUAUGCGGCGUCAUGCUGGAAAACCUCUGUCUUUCAUCGGCACCGACAUCGCCACCGGCCAUAGCAGCAAUUCCGAAACCUAUAGAAUCCAAUCCUGCAACAGACUCCGACUCCGGUUCCUCCACUCCUUCACAUACACGAUUCAAAACUAGCUCGAUUAUAGCAAUAAUCGCCGGAGAUGUCGCCGCACUAACAAUUAUUUCGCUGAUUUUCAUCUACGUUUAUCAGGCAAAGAAACAGAGGACGGUAGACAGUGCUAAGAAAACGAAAGAACCGGACCACGCAAAAGACUACGACUGGGCAUCAUCGGCGGCGGCUUCUCCGACGGAACAUAAUUGGCCAACGUUAUGGGCGUGUUUGAAAAACAAGAGCCGCACCAACACCGAGGAAUCCUCGGAAACGACGAACUCCGAGUCCGAGGAGUCGGAAAAACAGAGUCACUUGGAAACAGAGCAAAUAAAAGGCGGGAAAACAGGGGAAGUGGUGACGCUGGACGGGGAGAAAGAGAUAGAGUUAGAAACUUUGCUGAAGGCGUCAGCGUAUGUCGUCGGAGCUAGUGGGUCGGGAAUAGUGUACAAGGCGGUGUUAGAAGACGGGACGGCGCUGGCGGUGCGGCGGAUCGGAGAAAGCGGGGUGGAGCGGUUCCGGGAAUUCGAAACGCACGUCCGGGUGAUAGCCAAGCUAGUCCACCCAAACUUGGUCAGGAUUCGAGGGUUCUACUGGGGCGCCGACGAGAAGCUGGUGAUUUAUGACUUCGUUCCUAAUGGCAGUCUGGCCCAUGCACGUUACAGAAAACCUGGGUGUUCACCUUGUCAUAUACCUUGGUGGUUGCGGCUGAAGAUUGCGAAAGGCGUGGCUCGUGGGCUGGGCUACAUUCACGACAAGAAGCAUGUCCAUGGGAAUCUUAAGCCCAGUAAUAUACUAUUGGGUAGCGAUAUGGAACCCAAAAUCGGAGAUUUUGGGCUCGAGAGGCUCACCCCGGGCGAAUGUAGCAACAAGGCUUACGGAUCAGCCAGGUUUUUUGGUAGCAAGAGGUCAACCGCGUCACGUGAGAGUUUCCAAGAUUAUUCAAUUGGGCCUACUCCAAGCCCAAGCCCAAGCGCGAUAGGUGUAUCACCCUACCUUGCCCCGGAGUCGCUCCGGAGUCUCAAGCCCAGCCCAAAAUGGGACGUGUUCUCUUUUGGUGUGAUAUUGCUAGAGUUCUUGACCGGGAAAGUGAUCGUCUCCGACGAGAUGUGCCCCGGCCCGAUCCCCGAAGCAACUACAUUGGAGGAUGAGGAUAAGAGCAGAAUAUUGAAGAUGGCUGACGUGACGAUCCGUGAUGACAUGGAAGGAAGAGAAGAGGCUUUGUUGGGACUAAUUAGGUUAGGGUACCAUUGUAUAUCUCCGAUCCCGCAAAAGAGACCGUCCAUGAGGGAAGUAGUUCAAGCUCUUGACAAGUUCCCGACGAGACCUUCUUUUUCAUCAUCCUCCCCGCCAUAUUAUUUUUAACAAUGCUUAAAAUAAUUAAGUUUGGAGUCACAAAUAUUGUGUGUAUCAUUCAUUCAUUGGCUAACUACUUCAAUUCGUGUUCUAUUUUAUGAGGUGAGCGAUAGAAUAGUCAUAUGUAUGCGAUAGUACUCACAGCUCUCUCCUAGGUAGCAGAUAGCUAGGUUUGUGUUGCAGUUUGAUUCAAGACAAUAAAUUGGAUAACGUUGUGUGACAUUCCAUGGCUUUAUCCAAUUUAACAUUCAAUUGAUGUCGUGUAAAUAGGAAAUCAUAAUGUCAAAUUGGAUUAUAUUAUUAAUAUUUUCUUUUACUGCCC